AUGACUGAAAACUCUCAUUCCAUUUCAUUUCCAAUGAAGUCAAGCCAAUUUUGUGAGCAUAUCAUAUCCAGUGAAUAUAAAAAUGCAUCAAAGAACGGGUCAUUUCAGUCACCAGGCUGGCCUAAUCAUUACCCCAACAGUGUUCAUUGUACAUAUAAAUUUGUGGGGCGAGAGAAUGAGAGAAUUCGUAUCAAAUUUUCACAGUUUAGUAUUCAAGGGAGAUCACCCAUUUGUGACCAUGAUUAUUUAGAUAUUUUUUCACAAUUAACAUUUCAUUCAGAAGAUUUACUAGAGGCCGAAUUAACGGGUCGUUUCUGUGGGGAACUUAGUGACAGUUUACCAAAAUUAAUAGUGUCGCGAAACAAUGUGUUAGUGUUGUCAUUUUUUUCCGACGCCAGUAAAAAUUAUAAAGGAUUCAAUGGAACUUAUGAAUUCUUUGAUGCAUCUGUGUAUGAUAUAGGAACAUUAGCGCCACCAAUGUCUUGUGGAUACACAGUGCGUAGUGAAUCUCGGACUAAAGGAUACAUCAUUUCUCCAACGUAUCCUGGAAUGUAUCCAGAUAACUUGUUCUGUUAUUAUAAAUUCCAUGGAAAACCUGGACAAAGGUUAAAACUAACUUUUGUGGAUUUUUCUUUAUUCCAUGGAGAUGAAUAUUGUCCGUUUGAUUAUUUAAAGAUUUAUGAUGGUUAUACUAGUGAUUCUCCAGAAAUAGGAACAUUUUGUGGCAAAUAUAAUAAAACGACUUUAUAUUCUACUAGUGAAGCGUUACAUUUAGAAUUUGUGACCAGUCAAGGUCGGCUAGAGUUCGGGAAAGCGCCACUUGAGGCGGAGGCAGACUUUAGUUUUGAUAGAAGAGGUUUUAAUAUAACUUAUGAAUUUAGUGAUAAAUUUGUUAAUUUAGAUUUUAUAGAAAAAGAUGCAGAACAUAUAUUAGGUACAGAAUGUGAUCAACGAAUAUUAAGUCGAAAAGAAUCGAAUGGUACAAUAUCAUCACCAAAUUACCCAGAAGCCUUUCCACAGAAUGUCACCUGUCGGUAUUAUUUAGAUGGUCUAAUGGACAGACAGAAUCUAGAAAAAGCCAGGAUUUCUUUCUUUGAUUUUAAUAUUCCUGGCAACAUGCCUUACUGUAUGAUAGGGUAUGUAGGAUUAAAUGAUGAUAGAAGAUAUGGUAAGGGAGAAGUAAAAGAGAAGUUCUGUGGAUCAUUAUUACCACCAGCAUUAAGUUCUACUGGUCCACGAUUAGUAUUAACAUUAAAUACACAUGGUGCUGUACGUGGUGGACGAUUCUUUGCCAGAUAUCAAUUUGUAACUGAUUAUGCCAUAUCAGGAUUACCGAUUGCUGAAGGACAAUGUAGCUAUUUAUAUACCAGUAGUAAACAGAAGGCUGGUAGUUUUAACUCCCCCCGUUAUCCAGGACACUAUCCAGAAGAUUUAGAAUGUGUUUAUAUAUUCCGACCAGAGGAUGAUUGGAAAGUUUUAAUAUCAUUUGAUGUCUUCAGUUUACCAGCCACAGAUUCUACACAGUGUCUGAAUACAGAUUUUGUAGAGAUAUCAGAAGAAACAGAUAUUCGUAAUAAUUUUACAGUGGUUGGGAAAUAUUGUGCUAAUAAUUACCCUGGACCUCUACUAUCUCACCGAGUUGUUAAAAUGAAAUUCCAUUCUGAUUCACAAGAAAACACCAUGGGAUUUAAAGCCACAUUUCAAUUUGUGAAAGGUGUAGAUAUGAACACAAAAUGUGGAAGAAUAAUCCAGAGUCCUGGAACAGGAGGAGUUAUAGAAAGUCCAAACUAUCCUCGGAAAUAUAAAGCUAAUACAUAUUGUGAAUGGGAGAUCAGAGCUAGUAAAAAACAUAAUAGAAUAAUGAUACAACCUGCUUAUUUCAAUAUAGAGAAAUCAGCUGAUGGUUGUUCAAAUACUGCUGUUAGAAUAUAUCUAGAAGAAAAUUCUCUCCAACCUCAUAUAGAAAUGUGUGGUAGUGCUGAUUCUAACUUUGUAAAUAUUUCUCAUAAAGAUGUCAUUAAAAUUAGUUUUAUUAGUUCACAGAAAGCCCUAGGUGGUCAGGGUUUUAAACUGUCUUGGACAGAAAUUUAUUCAGGGGAAUCUAGUAGUUGUUUUGGUUUUAAAUGUAAAUCUAAUAAACAUUGUAUAUCAUCAACGUUAUCGUGUAAUGAUUUACCAAACUGUGGUGGGGGAGAUAACUCUGAUGAAGUAACAGAAUGUCCUGUUGCAGCUGGAAUCCAAAUUUUACACAUCGCUAUAGGAACCUCAAUAUCUUCAUUUUUCUGUAUAAUAUUAUUAAUUUGUGGUUUUUAUCAUAGACGUAAAUUCCGUAAUGAACCACCGCCAGAUGAUCACGAUCAUGUGGAAGUUCGGAAUAGUAAUUCUACUCACAGGUCUAGUAAUUCUAAUCACAGGACUAGUAAUCACAUUCCCAUGAUGAGUAAUCACAAUCACAGGACUAGUAAUCACAUUCCCAUGAUCAGUAAUCACAAUCACAGGACUAGUAAUCACGAUCAAGACUAG